AUGCGUAUGCGGUCCAAUAAAAUCAUGCCAGAACAUGUGAAGGAUAUAACAGAAAAAUUCCAUAUAGAAAACCUUGAAGUUGGAAAAAUUCCUGUAAUCCUUGAGGGUCGGAAUAUUGGAUUUAAUAAAAGAGAUUGUUGGAAUCAUCUACGCAAUGUUAGGCACAAAAAUUUAGAACUUGGUGAUGCCCAAUCUCUCAUUGAUUAUUUACACAAGAAACAAAGUGAGAAUCCUCAAUUCUUUUAUAGAGUUCAAGUUGACGAACAUGGCAGAGCGGUAAUUUUAUUUUGGGUAGAUGCGCGAUCACGUUUGUUAUACGAACAAUUUGGCGACGUAGUUUUCUUCGACACUACAUAUCGAACAAAUAAAUAUGAAAUGCCGUUCGCACCAUUUACGGGGGUAAAUCAUCAUUAUCAAAAUAUCCAAUUUGGGUGUGCUCUUCUACAAGAUGAGACUGAAGUUACAUUUUCAUGGUUGUUUAGUAAAUGGCUUGAAGCUAUGGGGGAGAAACAUCCAUCAGCAAUCAUAACUAAUCAAGAUGCUGCGAUGGUUGGUGCCAUAAAGAAAGUUUUUCCAAAUGCUCGCCAUCGUCUAUGCCUUUGGCACAUUAAGAAAAAAUUCCCUGAGAAAUUAUCACAUAUUUAUUUUAAGAAGUCAAAGUUCAAGGGCGAUAUGAAAGAAUGUAUUCAUCAUACUUACAAGAUACAAGAGUUUGAAGAAAGGUGGAAAAAGAUGAUUGUGGAGUUUGGUUUAAGCAAAAAUGAAUGGUUAACUGAGUUAUAUGACAUUCGAGAAUCAUGGGUGCCUGUUUAUCACAGAAAUACGUUUUAUGCAGGUAUGAAUAUAACGGGUCGCAGUGAAGGGGUAAAUGCCCUUUUCAAAUCAUUUGUCUCACCAAAAACUAAUCUCAGAGAAUUUGCGGUUCGGUAUGACCAAGUAGUGAAAGAAAUUGUUGAUAAAGAAGAUAGUGAGGAUCUUAUAUCAGAGCAUAAAAUCCCGGUUAUUGAUAGCAAAAAUUUGAUACUUAAGCACGGUGCUACAAUAUACACUCGCAAUAUUUAUAACAAGUUUCGUGAGCAACUAUUAGAUGCACAACGUUUCAAGUCUGAUGAGAUUGAAAGAGGGGAUGAAUUUAAUACUUACUUAGUGACAUCUAAGAUUGGUUAUCCGCAACGGUUCACUGUAAAGAUUAAGCCAGGUUUAUCUUGCAAACAUGUGCUUAAAGUUCUUAUGAAGCUGGAGGUAGAUGAAAUACCACCACAUUUUAUUCUAAAGAGAUGGUUAAAAGGUGUCAAUUCUUUUAGGAUUAUGGAUGAAACGUUACUCUCUGAUAAUUAUGAGAACUCAAAAACACUUAGACUUAGUCAUCUUUGUCGGAGAUCAACUCAGCUGUCAUGUUUUGCUUCAAAGUCAGAUACACUAUAUAAAAUGGCAAUUGAAGGCAUUGAAAAAAUCUUUGCGCAGAUCAGGGAUGAACAUAAUAAGACAGUUGAAGCUGAUAGAACGACUUUAGUUUCAAGCUCUAAAAUUCAAGAAGAUACUGAAGUUGAGAAAUUAAGUCAUCCAUUUAUUGUUGAUCCACAUAUUUCUCAAGUGAAAGGUAGACCUUCUGAAAAAUCGAAAGGAAAAGUAAAUAGUUCCGGUAGAAUGUUAAGUCCUGUUGAAGCAUCAGUACCCAAAAAGAGAAAAUGCUCUUUGUGUGAGGAAUUCAGACAUGACAAAAGAAAAUGCCCACUAAAACCAGAUAAAGAACAAUUGAAAAUUGUUGAACCAUGUUCAACCAAUGAGAACGCCACUGCACUUUGA